AUGCCUCCCUACCUAUCACCUCUACACAUAGGCACACCCUCGUUACCCGACCGCUGCGAACCCGCGAACGACUUUCUCUACAGCCUCUCCGUCACCCUCGGCUCGUGCAUACCUACGAACCUCGCUCUGAUCUCCACAAUACUCGGAACGUGUAGUAUCAUCUCGUGGCUUUUCGCACAACUCCCACAGAUAUACAAGAACUACAGGCUAAAGUCGACAUCGGGACUCAGCAUAUUCUUCUUGACCGAGUGGCUGCUUGGCGAUGUGUCGAAUCUACUCGGGUCGUUGUUCACACAGCAGGCGACUUGGCAGGUCAUAAUCGCGUGCUACUACGUAUUCGUAGAUUGCGCGCUGUGCGGACAAUGGGUGUGGUAUGGACUCUUGAAACAUGGACGGCCGCUGCGGUCCAUAUGGAGCCGACCCAAGAGCUCCGGCUAUGAUAACGGGCCUUCUGGUAUGGGUCAAGUACGGGAUUCUCCGCGUACAGGGAAGAGUGCCGCUGAUGGGACUGUUGUUCCAGUUGCGACAGAUGGCUUGGAUUCGGAUAAGGCGGAUCAAUUGCCCAGUAGCCCUGGCCGUAACAUACCGACCCGAUCAAAUCCUAUGGACGCAUUUCGGAUACCAAACUACGGGCGCUCGCCGAGUUCAUUUAAAGAGUCUUUCAUGGGGACACCACCCAAUGGCACACCCACCGACAGACACGUAAGACGGGUAGCUGCGUCGAGCUCACCUAUGCUUGCACCGUCGCCUAAGACUGUCCUCUACAUGGCUUUAAUCCUAGCAGUCCUCUCCAACACUGCGACCGCCAGGAACGUCAGCCCAUUUGCUCCAGCGGCGUAUCCGACGCAGCGUCUCUCAUCACAAGCACAAGAUUCAAAUGACGCCUCAGCGUUAGAAAUAGCCGGCAAAGUCCUCUCCUGGAUGUCCACAUUCCUUUACCUCGGCUCGCGCAUUCCCCAAAUCUACCAGAACCACGUUCGCAAAUCGACCGCCGGUCUCAGCCCUACGCUCUUCGCAGCCGCCUUUUUCGGCAAUUUGUUCUACUCUACGUCUCUCCUAACGAACCCCUGUGGCUGGUACGAUUUUGCGCUGGGAGAAGGCUCCGGUUGGGUAGAUCCUAAGGGUAGCGUACGCGCCGAUUGGAUCCUCCGCGCCACCCCCUUCUUUCUCGGAGCUGCAGGCGUGCUGAUCAUGGAUGCGGCUGUCGGCGUCCAAUUCUGGUGUUACGGCGACAACGAGCCCCGUGGUCGAGGCAAGCUGAGGGACGACGAAGUCAUUCUCGACAUCAACGACCACGGCCUGCUGAAGCAGAGGCGGUUCCGCUGGCGGAGGGUGAGCGGGUGGAUGAGGGGGUGGGUGCCUGCUGUUAGUGUUGCAGGGACGCCGAGCGCAAGUCGCGCUGGAACACCUGCUGAGUCGCCGAGGAACGAGAGUCCGAACUCGAGUGCUAGCGGCUCGCAGAGUAUUCCGAUACGGGGCGAGAGGGGGGCUCUGGAUGAGGCGAGGGCGUUGUUGGGUACUGAGAGGCAUGCUAGCCCGAGAAGUUUUGGAGGGAGUUACGGUCCAACGUAUGGCACGACGGAAUGA